AUGGCUUCAGAUGCAGCUUCUCAAGUCACCGUCGGUGCUCUCAGUGCCAUAUUCGACGACACCAAGGAUCAAGUUCGUGAGCCGAUCGUCCAGUGUGUUCAGGUCAAGCCACUGCCACCCCAGCCAGGCCAUCCAGAACGCUACCGUGCCGUCUUUAGUGAUAUUGCAAACUAUGUCCAGACUAUGCUUGCCACCCAAGCCAAUCAUGUGGUGACUGAUGGCUCCCUGCGAAAAGGUUGUUUCGUUCGUCUCAAGUCAUUCCAAGCGAAUGCUGUCAAGGGCAAGAAAAUCCUGAUUGUUCUCGACCUGGAGGUUCUAAAGGAGCUUGGCGAAGCAGAAAAAAUCGGGGAACCCAAGCCUCUGGAAAUCAAAGCCGAAGAGGAGGAGAGAGCCCAACCCACCACGAUCUCAAGCAAUGGGUUCUAUGGCUCCAAGCCCCCGGGUGCACCGGCACAGCAGCUCAAUCAAGCACAGCCGAUGCGAGGACCGUCUGCCUCUGCUCAUGCCACCAUUUAUCCCAUCGAAGCCAUCUCCCCCUACUCGAACAAAUGGACCAUUAAGGCCCGCUGCACAAGCAAGUCCAACAUCAAAACCUGGCACAACAAGAAUGGAGAGGGAAAGCUAUUCAGCGUUAAUCUGCUCGAUGACAGUGGUGAAAUCCGUGCCACUGGCUUUAAUGAUCAAUGCGACAUGCUCUAUGAUCUUUUCCAGGAAGGCAGUGUCUACUAUAUCUCCAGUCCCUGUCGUGUGCAGAUUGCGAAAAAGCAGUUCACCAAUCUCAACAAUGACUACGAGCUUACGUUUGAGCGGGAUACUCUGGUAGAGAAGGCCGAGGACCAAAAUGACGUACCUCAAAUUCGUUUCAACUUCACUACCAUAGGGGACUUGCAAUCCGUGGAGAAAGACACAACCACCGAUGUGAUUGGUAUCCUUAAAGAGGUUGCUGAAACAUCUCAGAUCGUGUCCAAAGGAACUGGCAAGCCUUACGACAAGCGCGAGCUCGGCCUCGUUGACAACACUGGAUUCUCGGUCCGCUUGACUAUUUGGGGCGCCACCGCCGUCAAUUUCAAUGUAGCUCCGGAGUCUGUUGUUGCUUUCAAAGGUGUCAAGGUUUCUGAUUUCGGUGGGCGGAGUCUGAGCCUGCUGAGCUCUGGUUCAAUGACUGUUGAUCCCGACAUUGGAGAAGCCCACCGACUGAAGGGCUGGUAUGAUGCACAGGGGAGAACGGAGGUUUUCACAUCCCAUGCAUCCGUAUCUAAUGCAACCAAUUCCAAUAUGAAGCCGGAUCAAUUCAAGACCGUCGCACAAGUUCGUGAGGAACAGCUGGGCAUGUCUGAGCAGGUGGACUACUUUUCGCUCAAAGCAACCGUCGUCUACAUUAGGCAGGAUUCUACCUGGUGCUAUCCUGCUUGUCUUUCCGAAGGUUGCAACAAAAAGGUGACCGAGCUGGACCCCGGGCAGUGGAGAUGCGAAAUGUGUGAGAAAACUUGGCCCAAGCCGGAAUAUCGCUACAUCAUGCCAAUUAGUGUGAGCGAUCAUACUGGCCAACUCUGGCUCAGCUGCUUUGAUGAUACUGGACGACUGAUCAUGGGAACUUCUGCCGACAAUCUCAUGCAACUCCGAGAGAACGACCCCGCUGCUUUUGGUGAAGUAUUCCAGGAGGCUAACUGCCGGACCUGGAGCUUCCGGUGCCGGGCAAAGAUUGAUACCUUUGGUGAUCAGCAACGGGUUCGAUACCAAGUAUCGUCAUCCAAGCCGAUCAACUAUUCCGAAGAAGCAUCACGUCUAGCCGAUAUCAUCAGCUCCUACUCUCUGGAAUAG